AUUGCUAUUUUCCCUAAAACAAUUCUUCUAAAACGAAUUCCGAAACCAAAUUCCAACGUGCACCAAGGUGCAAUUCGAAAACAGAACCUUAAUUCAAAGAGGAAUCAAAAUGGAAUUAUUUUGCAGUUUGUUUCUUUGAACCAAAAAGAGAAGUUUGGAACUUCUUCAUCUUGCGUUUCCAGUUUUCCUUGUAGAAAAUGCAUGUUUCCCCGUGCAAUGAGAAAGCUGUGUCGGAUAAGCUGCAAGUUUAACUCAUCUUGUCCAAAACCCCUCAAUGAAAAUAGUGCUCAAUGUCUUUUCAGACACUUCACAGUCUCAUCAUCAUCUCCACUUGAAGAACACUAUCCUAGUAUUCCCCGUACCAGAAGAACCCAACGGCACUAUUUAAGCAAACUAUUAUUCUCGCUAGCUAACUCCGCAUUACACUACAAAGAAGUCCAUAGUCAAGUGAUUGUUUCAGGAUUUCAAAGCAAUAUUUUCCUUAACAACAUCCUUAUCCAGUCGUAUUCACAAGCCGGAUGCUUGGUAUAUGCCCGUACCUUGUUCGACAAAAUGUCUAAAAGGGAUAUAAUAACUUGGUCUUCAGUGAUUACUAUGUAUACCCAAAGUGGGUAUUAUGAGGAGGCCUUAUUGGUCUUCUCUGACUUUAUAAGUAGUUAUGAGGAGGACCCAAAUGAGUUUCUCUUGGCUAGUGUUGUAAGCUGUUGUGGACGGUUAGGUAGUGCCGUGAAAGGUGCUCAAUUGCAUUGUUUUGUGCUUAAAGCUGGUUUUGAUCAGUUUGUGUAUGUUGGUACGUCUUUAAUCGACUUUUACUCCAAGGGUGGAGAUAUAGGUGCGGCAAGACUAAUUUUUGAUGAUUUGUCCGUGAAGAGUACGGCCACUUGGACCGCAAUAAUUGCAGCGUGUGCAAAUGCGGGGAAGAGUGGACUUUCCUUGCAGCUAUUGAGAAAUAUGUUGGAGACUGAUGUUGUUCCUGAUAAUUAUAUGGUUUCAAGUAUCUUGGGUGCUUGUUCGUCGCUUGAGUAUCUUGAAGGAGGAAAGGAAAUGCAUGCAUACGUGCUUAGACGAGGCGCAAAGAUGGACGUUACAAUGACUAAUGUUCUUAUUGAUUUCUAUAUGAAGUGUGGUAAGGUUAAGACUGCAAGGAAAGUGUUUGAUCAAAUGGAAGUUAUUGACACUAUUUCUUGGACAACAAUGAUCUCUGGGUACAUGCAGAAUUCUUCUGACUGGGAAGCCAUAAGCAUGUUUAGAGAUAUGAACAGUUUAGGUUGGAGUCUAGACAGAUUUGCUUGCAGUAGUGUACUUAUCUCUUGUGGCUCGCUUGAAACUUUAGAUCUGGGAAGACAAGUGCAUGCUUAUACCGUGAAAGCUAAUGUUGAUUCUGAUGGCUUUGUGAAGAAUAGCUUGAUCGAUAUGUACUCAAAAUGUGAUUCAUUUGGUGAUGCAAGGAAGGUUUUUGACUGUAUGGUUAAUCAUGAUGUAAUCUCUUAUAAUGCCCUUAUUGAGGCUUGUUUAACGCAGGAUAGGCUGUAUGAAGCUUUUGAACUAUUUGCUGAAAUGAGAGAUAAUCUGAUUCUUCCAAGCCUUUUGACUUUUGUUAGCCUGCUUGGUGCUUCAGCUUCACUCUUUUCCUUGGAGUUGAGUAAGCAACUUCAUGCUCUCACCAUAAAAUUUGGUUUUUCGGCUGGCAUGUUUGUUUGUAGCAUCCUAAUAGAUGUUUACUCAAAAUUUUCAUCUGUUAAAGAUGCAAGGCAAGUAUUUAAUGAGAUGAAUGAGAAGGAUAUUGUUGUAUGGAAUUCUAUGUUGUUUGGGUAUAUACAACAGUGCGAAAAUGAAGAGGCUCUAAAGCUCUUCCUAAAAUUGCAGCAUUGUUUGCAAAAGCCAAAUACGUUGACUUUUGUUGCCCUCAUUGCUUCUUCUAGUAACCUAGUAAGUCUCCUCCACGGUCUCCAGUUUCAUAACCAGAUUGUAAAAGUCGGCCUAGAUUUUGAUCCGCAUGUUACAAAUGCACUGGUUGAUAUGUACUCCAAGUGUGGAAGCUUGGAAGAAGCACAGAGGAUGUUUGAUUCCGCUCUCCAGAGAGAUAUCACAUGUUGGAAUUCUAUGAUAUCCACUUAUGCACAGCAUGGAGAAGCAAAGGAAGCUAUUAAUAUGUUUGAGAAAAUGAUAAGUGAUGGACGUAAACCUAACAAUGUCACUUUUGUGGGAGUGCUUUCAGCAUGUAGCCAUGUAGGGCUUGUCGAAGAAGGAUUGCAUCACUUCUAUUCCAUGUCCAGGUAUGGUAUUGAACCAGAAACAGAGCAUUAUGUUUGCAUUGUUUCUCUCUUGGGUCGGGCUGGUAAACUGGUUGAAGCAAUGCAAUUCAUUGAACAAAUGCCCAUUCCACCAGCCGCCAUUGUGUGGAGGAGUUUGCUUAGUGCAUGUAGAGAAGCUGGUCAUAUAGACCUAGGAAAAUAUGCAGCAUCGAUGGCGAUAUCUAUUGAUCCAAAAGACAGUGGAUCAUAUAUCCUACUUUCAAAUAUUUUUGCGUCUAAAGGCAUGUGGAUCAAUGUUAAAAAGUUAAGAGAGAAAAUGGAUAGCAACGGCGUGGUGAAAGAAACAGGGUGUAGUUGGAUAGAAAUAAAUAAUGAGGUGCAUUUGUUUAUUGCAAGGGACCAAAGUCAUCACCAAACUGAUUCAAUAUAUUCAUUUAUGGAACUUCUGAUUCGGCAUAUGAAAGGGAUGGGGUAUCAUCCUGAGGAAUGAGGAUACUACCUUCUCAAAUGAGUAACCUCUGUUUGUCAGCUUUGCUGUGAUAUGCUAUUUUCAAGAACAUAAGUGAGCAAGGUGGUCGUAGAUGCCCAAAAUGACAAUUAGAAGCAAGACAUUAUGUUAGGGUUCUAUUGCUGUCGAAGGUUUUCUUUGUUUGGCAGUGCAACUUUUGCUAGUCAGUUCAGCAACAAAACUGAAACUGUGGACCAAAAUGAACAGUUGCAACAAUGCAUCAGCUCUGAAUGGAAGAUAUUGAAGAAUCAGGUGUGACUGUUUCCUCAUUAUUCUUUCUAUGUGGAGCUUAUCAUAUUCCCAGAUAUUUGGCGAAACUAUCUGGCUUUUGAGAACAAUUUGAACCAAAAUGGAUAAAAAUGAGGUUCCGGGGAAGUUGCGCUCUACGCAAUUAUCGCCCACAAAGGACCUGGAGCACAAACAGCUUACACUACGGCAUAAGUAUAGCGAGGAGCACGAAUUUUGAAGCCUGGCCAGCAUAGUCUCGGUCCAUCAUGUGAAUAUCGGGUAAAGGGAGGCCCCCUGCCAAAUUCAAGUCACACUAUAGCAUGAUGGCGCGAGCAGCAGCAUCUUUGGAUGACCUCGAGAAAAAGCGAUUACAGGAUAAUUGAGUUUAAAGCGCAAGUACCUUGUGAAGGUCAUUUACAUCCUCGCCGUAGUCGAGCAAUAAUGCAAGUAUGGCGUGAAGAAAGAAUUAUGGGGAAAAAGCUUUGAGUGUGUUAUGGUAAAAAUGGGAUUUUUACCCAAUUUAAAAGCUCCUGAGAAGAAUGCAGAGGAAGCAAGAGGCGAUUUGGAGCUCAACUUGGUUGUAGAGUUCUUUCUUUUUCCUUCCAUCUAAUGAUUUCUGUAUUAUUUUGGGAACUAUUUGAGAUUGUUAUUAUGGCUACGUGUGCUUAGACUCCUAAUUUCUAGGGUUAUGGGAUCUUGACAUGAAUGUUGAAGUUUGAUGUUUUCUUGAUGAAUUAAUUUCAGUU